GAGGUGGAGAAAGAAUAGAAUAUAGUAGUAGAAGGAAGGAAGGAGUAGUAGCGUGUGACGAAAGAGACGAAGCCACGAAUUCCAAAUCCCACAAAUUCAUCAUCGGAAUUCAGAAGCACACAGAUUCGUAAACCCAGCCGGAAAACCCCCUCAUUUUUCCGGCGCCAUGGUCUCCCCGGAAAACACCAACUGGCUCUACGAUUACGGCCUCAUCGACGACGCCAACUUCCCCGUCUCCUCCUCCGCCUUCAACUGGCCCGUCCAGCCCCUCCCCGGCUCCUCUUCCGUCAGUGUUGAACUUGAUGGCUCAUUGGGGGAUGUAGAGGGACUCAAAGAAUCUGGCUCAAAAAAGAGGGUUAGAUGUGAAUCAUCCAGUGCAACUAGCUCCAAGGCAUGUAGGGAGAAGUUGCGUAGGGAUAGGCUGAACGACAAGUUUCUGGAAUUGGGCUCUAUAUUGGAGCCUGGAAGGCCACCCAAGACGGAUAAGGCUGCUAUUUUGAUUGAUGCUGUCCGAAUGGUGAAUCAGUUACGUGGUGAAGCCCAGAAGUUGAAGGACUCAAAUUCAAGUCUCCAGGAGAAGAUUAAGGAAUUGAAGACAGAGAAGACUGAACUUCGUGAUGAGAAGCAGAGGCUGAAGUCAGAGAAAGAGAAGCUGGAGCAGCAACUGAAGGCGAUGACUGCACAGCCGAGCUUCAUGCCGGCCCCUCCUGCAAUUCCGGCUGCAUUUGCUGCUCAAGGCCAAGCCCACGGAAACAAGAUGGUGCCUUUCAUUGGUUACCCUGGGGUCGCAAUGUGGCAGUUCAUGCCACCUGCCGCUGUGGAUACAUCCCAGGAUCAUGUACUCCGCCCACCAGUUGCUUAAGUCGGCGACUGGUAUUCAUACAGGCGAUUUGGGAUAUCAUUUUAUCCCAAUCAAGUGUAUUAUCUUGUCAUUGUCCUUGUGUCGCGUCGUGUCUUGUUCGUUUAAGUUUUUACUGUCUAACUGAAUUUGGUGGGUGACUUGACUAUGUAUCUCCAACUUGGGUACUUCUAUGAAUUAAUGCUGGUAUUCACUUGUAAAUGGUAAUAAGCUAAUCUGGCAACGUGUUGCUAUCCGAUAGAUGGAGUUGAGUUGCAGCGUCACCGUCUGAACUUAGUCAUAGCUAUGUCGACUUGUGUAUGGUUCUAGACAAAGGAAUUGAGCACUUAAAAUGUGGCUUUUGUGAAAAUAGAUGGGCUGCCUUUUUCAGCUGUGUGCUU